AAAUAGGAAGCGUCGAUCACAAGAGGCCCGAAAUAUUAAAAUUGAAUUCGAAACCAUGCUCAUAAUGGAAGUCGAAAGCCGUCAAUGCUUAUAUGCAAAAGACAAAGAAGAUUACAAAAAUAAAACGAAGCGCGAAGACGCGUGGAAGGACAUCUCCAGCAUUCUAAAUAGAAGUGUUUCAGAAUGUCAAUCGAAAUGGAAUAUACUUCGAGACAGUUUUCGCGGCUACUAUCAUUCGUUAUGCAAUACUCCAAGUGGAUCGGGGGCAACAGAGACCGUAAAAUGGGCACACUUCAAAGCGAUGAUGUUUUUGAUUCCAUAUAUUCGUGUGCCAGAAGAUGAUUGUGGGAAUUACUCGAACAACUCGCCAGAACUAUCCGCUAAUACGAUUUUGCAAAGGGAAGACAACUCUCAUGACUCCGAAUACCACCAACCAGGCAAUUUGUUUGCAAAUAAUAAUAGCAAAAGAAAGAGAGAUUGUUUCGACGAAUCACUCGAAAAAGUGCUGCAAGCAAUCGAAAAUACAACUACCAAAAAAUCAAUAGAAAGUUUUUUCGAAAGUAUUAUUGAAACUAUCGAUAGCCUCCCGAAGAUCCGCCUACUCGAAUUUCAAAUGGAUGUCCUGGAACUUAUAUGCAACAAAUACACCGAUGCGUAA